AUGAGAUCAACUCUGCUAGCUGGUCUAUUCGGCUUGGCUGUGACAGCUUCUUCCUCAACUGCUUCUUCCUCGGAGCAAGUCGUGCUAGGACCAUCACCACAAACGUCGAAUGAUGGUAUUGGACAAUUUGUAAAACCAAAAAGACGACCUCUUAAAGGUCGUUUCUUGCAUAUAACGGAUAUCCACCCAGACCCGCAUUACAAAUCUGGUGCAACGUUCGAUUCGGGUUGUCAUAAGAGAGAUAAAGAUAAGAAGGGGAAGAAAGGAAAGGGGAAGGGGAAGGCUACCGAUGUGGAUGAUGAUUAUGAUGAUAUGGAGAUGUUGAAAGAUAAAAAUAAAGAUGAUUUAGACCUGGCUGGCAAAUGGGGUACAGCUGUUUCGAAAUGCGAUACUCCCAUGUCAUUGGUGAACAUAACCUUUGAUUGGUUGAAAGAAGAAUGGAAAGAUGAGAUUGAUUUUAUAAUUUGGACGGGUGAUAAUGCCAGACACGACAUAGAUCGUUCACUCCCACGUACGCCGAACGAGAUAUACGAACUCAAUCGAAUGGUCGUUUCCAAAAUGUUAGAUACGUUCGGCACGGAUAUACCGAUAGUACCAAGUAUAGGUAAUAAUGAUAUUUACCCUCAUAACGUUAUGGCUGCUGGACCAAGUAAACUGACCGAAGAAUUCCUACACAUAUGGAGUAAAUUCAUUCCACCUGAUUACUCUCACGUGUUUGAGCGAGGGGCAUAUUACUCUGUGGAGGUUAUACCAGAUACGUUGGCUGUGAUAUCACUCAAUACUUUGUUCUGGUAUGACUCAAAUACCUUGGUUGAUGGAUGUGGUGAUCACUCGAAUGAUCCCGGUGCGCUGGAGAUGGAUUGGCUGGACGUGCAGUUGUCUGGAUUUAGGGAUAGAGGUAUGCAAGUUUGGUUGACAGGUCAUGUACCGCCUCAUAUGGGUUAUUAUUAUGAUAAUUGCUAUCUGAGGUAUGGUGAUCUGGCUCUACGGUAUCAGGAUACGAUCGUUGGACAUCUGUUUGGACACAUGAACAUCGACCAUUUCUUCUUCAUUGACGUUGACGAGCUGGAAGCCACCCCAGUCACACGAUCAAAAGUUGGAAUCUUCGGUGCUGGAGAUGUACUGAAAGUGGAACUUAGGAAAGAUUUUCAAGAUAUGCCAGGACCUAAGGAUUUGAAAUUGAAAGAUUACAUUGCUGUCAAUGUUGCUGCUAGUGUCAUUCCGACUUAUCUACCCGGCUUAAGAAUAUUCUCCUACAAUAUCUCUGGAUUGGGUGAUGAGAAGAAUGAAAGAGCUUUCUACAAACCCCAUCACACCCCGACUGAUCCCAUUGACGACGACGAAGAUGAGAAGGAAGAAGCAGAUGAGUUGAAAGAUGAAGGCGAUGAUGUGGAGAUUGAGAAGAAGAAACCUCGUCGACCUGGUCAUCGACAUGGUAAAAGACCUAAAGGUGAUUGUAAAAGACCGGAAAAUGAAGAUAAACCGCAUUGCGUAUUUAGGAGGUUACCUCGAUAUUAUUCUAAAGAAUCACCUUCUAGAUCCAACAAGGCUUUAACCCCGUUGGGAUAUACUCAAUUCUAUCUACCCAAGUUGAAUAAGCAAAAGCAAAAACCGGAAUGGGAAAUUGAGUAUACCACUUAUAAAAAGGAAGUUUUGGUUCCUCCUUAUUCCAAUGGUACGGGAUGGGACCAGCCUCCGCCUAUACCACUUGGAUUGUUACCGGAAUACGAUCAGACGUUUUUCGACAACAAUGAGAAUGCGAGUGAUGAAGAGAUGACAAAGAAGAAGAAAACAAAAUUCGAAAAGGCUUUGAAGAAAAUUACACCUUGGAAGAUGCCUGAUUUGACUAUUCCGAAUUACGUCAAAUUGAGUAGGAAGUUGGUGGGUGAUAAAGAUAUGUGGGACAAGUUUCAGGAAUUGAUGUGA